CACGUGCUGCUACUUGAAGAUCUCCUGGUGCUUCUGCAACAGCAGGAUGAAAAGGUGGUUCUGAAGUGCCACAGCAAGAUGGCGCUGGGUUCCUCGGACACCAAGCAGACAUUCAGCCCUGUCCUCAAGCUCAACGCGGUCCUCAUCUGCUCCGUAGCCACAGGAAACUAGAUGUGUACAGCAUGGGCUGGAACGUGAGUGAGGACUUGCGAGACUGCUUGGUUGCUGCUGCUCCCUAUGGGGGCCCCAUUGCUUUGCUGAAAACCAAGAAAGAAAAAUCUCCCAGUUCCCGGCCGCCUCUUGAAAUCUAUUCCGCCUCUGGGGUCCUCUUGGCUAGCAUUCCAUGGAAGAACUGCCCGGCUGUGCAUCUUGGCUGGACAACCAGCGAGGACCUCCUCUGCAUCCAAGAGGAUGGCUCAGUCCUCAUCUACAGCCUUUUCAGCAUGGGAAAUGUAAGUGGCCUCAGAGAGAAGGGAUUACAGCCCACUCACUGUCUUUGCCUUUGGACAUCAGGUGGAAGCAGGGCCGGGUGA